AUGAGUGCGGAGCUCCUGUCCGACGACAUGCUGAUAUCGCCGUCGCACCCCGCACACCUCUUGCGCCAGUAUAGCCUCAACAUUCCUCGGUCAGGCUCCCAUCUCCUCCAUCAGAAGGCGGCGCUGAACAGUGCACGCAACUGGCACAACUUUCACAAAAAGUGGCGCACUCCACCCGACGCCGUGUUCGACGCUGCCACAAUCUACCACGACGACGUCGUCGAAGCAAUUUUUGGCGAGGGUGUGUUAGGAAUUGAGUUUGCUAUCGACGACAGCACGGGUCGCGUCGUGAUCAAGAGUACCCCUGUCAACGUUCCGUCAACGCUGCCAUCGUCGUCGCGCCAUUUCAAAUCCCAAUCGUCCACGCAGGUGGUUGUCGGGGAUCAACUUCGUCCAGGGCUUGCUGUUGAUGGCAUCAAUGACCAACAGGUCACUGGCCUUCGUGGGGACGAAGUGCUCCACCUCCUCGCGUCCACCCCGCGACCAAUGUACGUGAGCUUCGUCGCAUGCACCAGCAAUAUGGUGGUGUGCCGUCUCUGCGAAUGCCGCAUGGAAGCGUCUCAGCUCGACGAACACACCGAGUUGUGCGUAUUCUCCAAGAAGCACGAGCAGGAAGCUAGCCAGGUGAAUUCCAUGCUCAGCAGAAUCGCGGACGUCUUGGAGUCAAACAUGCGGACGCAGGACAUGCUGUCGUACUUUAGCGCCUCCGACAUUGCGUUUUACCAAACGAUGCGCUCGAUUGCGCAGCAGGCGGCGGCGUGCGACAUUGCGAGUGUCGACUCGUUCGAACUGUGUGUUCGCCUGAUGAAGUUGCUCGACCAGGAUUGUGAUGCUGCGCUCGAACGACCUACGUCCAGCUGCGUCGUCGAUCGCGGGGCCAAAUAUUGCGCGCGCAUUCGACACUUGAUUCACUCCAAGAUGAACCACAUGAGAAAAACGCACAAGAAUAUGCUCGUUCAUCAUGCGCCAGCUCCAAUCUACCGCACGAAAUCUCUCGAGAACCAAGACAACAAUCGCCGCCACUCUUUAAGCACAGCCACGUUGGGCAGUGUUGGCGUCAAGCCCCCGACGUUUCGAGUCACGAUUGACGACUUUGACAUUAUCAAGCCCAUUUCGAGAGGCGCGUAUGGCAAAGUGUACUUGGCCAAGAAAAAAACGACGGGCGAUCCGUACGCGAUUAAAGUGUUGGCGAAGGAGCACGUGUUGAGGAAAAACCAGCUUUCCAACAUCGAAGCGGAACGGGAUAUUUUAGCCAACAUGCAAAGUCCAUUUGUCGUUAAGCUGUUUUGGACAUUUCAAUCGCAGUACAACCUGUUCUUGGUCAUGGAGUACUUGCCUGGAGGGGACUUUAUGUCGCUUCUUGAAUGCAUCGUGCGCCUCGAAGAACGGGUGGCCUGCAUAUACAUUGCCGAGAUUGCACUGGCACUCAAUCAUUUGCACUCGAAGGGGUGCGUGCAUCGGGACUUGAAGCCGGACAAUAUUUUAAUUGCCUCAAGUGGCCACAUCAAGCUGACCGACUUUGGCCUGUCCGAAGAAGGAGUCUCCAUGACCGACACCGCGCAGUCCACCGACCGACGGCAGUCCUCUGAAGGCGACAGCGAUAGCGACAUGUGUCACGACUUUAGUGACGACGAAGAUCUGUUGGAAGUAAAUGACGUGUUUCAUGGCACUCGAGACGACAGCGGGAGGGCGAGCGUUGGCUUGCGGGGCGAGUUUUUGGGUGCAUUUGUCGCGAGCCCGAAAUCCCAAAGCGGGUCAAAGCAUCGUUGUGGAACGCCCGAUUACUUGAGUCCCGAGAUUCUACUUGGCCACAAGCAUGGCACUCCCGUCGAUUACUGGGCCCUGGGGGUCAUUUUGUACGAAAUGCUCGUGGGGUUUCCUCCGUUCAACGACGACACAGUGGAAGCGAUCUUUGCCAACAUUUUGAACCGCCGCAUCGACUGGCCCAACGAAGACCAGCGCUUGAGUCCCCACGUGGAAGACCUCAUCAACCGUUUGUUGGACCUCAACCCAGACACCCGCAUGGGCUGGUCCGACUUGAUUGUCCAUCCUUUCUUCCAGGACCAUGGACUCAACUGGGACACGGUGCUCGAGACGACGCCGCCGUUCGUGCCGACACUGGACGAUCCGUACGACACGAGCUACUUUAACAAUCGCAACUUGACGGAAGCAUUUGUCGACGACAACGGCGACGCCAUGCCCGAAACCAUCCGCUCGUCGCCCAUCGUGGCUGCUACAAAGUCCAUUAAUAUUCCAAGCAGCAAGUCGUCGAGCACCUGCGGCGCGUCAACUGGAAAACUGUCAGCGUCGUCAGGUCCAUUCAACAGUUUGCUGGACGGCAGCAUGGUCGCCAGUCCUGCCAUGACGCCCGAAGCAUUUCGCACGUUUAGCUUUACCAACAUGCACGCACUGGCUGCGGCGGGCCGCGAAGAAGCGCUCGAGAAAAUCAUCGGCGGCCGAGACCAUGCUCUUGGAACCACGACGUCGAAUCGUAACUUAUGGCUGUGA